CUUCACAUCAACUACAUUGACCGGAGGUGCAUCAUCUGUUAGUAACAGCAGACGUAUGAGUAAUAGUUCAACCAUGACUGAAUGCCCUGCUUGUAACAUAUCGUUAAGCAAAGUUGGAGGAGGAAAACCUGCCCAAGAAGAACACGUCCGGAACUGUUUAGAAAACAAGAAUGGAAAUAGCGUUAGCGGUUAUAAAUAUGUGGUAUAUAAACUCCUUCAAAAUAACUUCCUCGUCGGCCAAGAAUGUCCCAUCUGCUUCGAAGAAUUUCUUGCCG